AAAGAUCGAGAGGAAAAACCAGAAGACGGUGAAAACUCCCGACAAACGACGACCUACCCCGGGAGCGAACGGCCGCACCGGGACAUCGCUGCUGGCUGUGAGUCGGUCGACAGCCGCUCCGGUUCAAAAGAGAAGAGGAGGAAUAUAUGCGAGGAGGAUUAACGCGGAGGAAGAGGAGGAGAAAGUAGAGCCGGAGAGCUGCUGCCACUCUCCGGAUUACGCUUCGCGGGGCUGAGAGGAUGAGGUGACCGCCAGGAAACGGAGGGGAAAAGUGUUUUUGUUUGCAAAAAGGCGACGGAAACGGACUGUGUGGAUAUUUAUACGCUGUGGUGUCAACUUCGCGGUGGAUGUCGUUUUAAAGCGGAGUCGCAGGAGGCAGAUUUCGCGCAGAAGAGCCUGAGCGAACACACUUCGCUUCUUUUCUCCUCACCCGGCUCAUCGGAUAUUAUUAACGCAGGGGGGGGAGAGAGGUCUGGGUGUCUUGUGCCGAUGCCCACGGCAGACUGCAGGCUGGUCCAUCAUGGUCGGAUCAUGAGGUGUCUGACUUAUCUGCUGCUACUUCCCGAAACACUGAAAAAGUCCAAGAAGCUGCCGUUAUGUUAUGAGAUCCUGACCCUGUCCCUGACGAACAAGACGAAACAGAAGAAGAAGAUGGCUGCGGAGCUGUACCCCGCCAACACCAACAACACCAACCUCGCCAAUGGCACCACGGUGGCGGACACGGAGAAGAGCAAGGCGGCGCAGGUGAACCAGGCCGGCGGCAGUGGCAGCGGCGGCAGCAGCGCGGCGACCACUCCGACCACCCAGCAGAACAUCAACAACAACAACGUCGACCCACCCAGCUGGCAGUGCAGCCACCCCACACUUAGAGAGAGGAAUGCCUUGAUGUUUAACAAUGAGCUGAUGGCCGACGUCCACUUCAUUGUCGGUCCUCUGGGGGCGUCGCAGAAAGUCCCAGCGCACAAGUACGUGCUGGCCGUGGGAAGCUCGGUCUUCUGUGCCAUGUUUUACGGCGAUCUGGCGGAGGAGGAGUCUGAGAUCCAUAUCCCAGAUGUGGAACCUGCUGCUUUUCUAAUUCUGCUGAAAUACAUGUACAGCGAUGAGAUUGACUUGGAGGCGGACACGGUGCUGGCCACCCUGUACGCUGCCAAGAAGUACAUAGUCCCUGCACUGGCCAAGGCCUGCGUCACCUUCCUGGAAACCAGCCUGGAGGCGAAGAACGCCUGCGUGCUGCUCUCCCAGAGCCGCCUGUUCGAGGAGCCCGAGCUGACGCAGCGCUGCUGGGAGGUGAUCGACGCUCAGGCCGAGCUGGCGCUGUGCUCCGAGGGCUUCUGCGAGAUCGACCUGCAGACGCUGGAGAUCAUACUGCGGCGGGAGACCCUCAACGCCAAGGAGGUGAUGGUGUUCGACGCGGUCAUGAGCUGGGCCGUGGCGGAGUGUAAGAGACAGUGUUUGAGUCCCACCACCCGCAACAAAAGAGACGUCCUGGGCAAGGCGCUGUUUCUGGUGCGCAUCCCCUCCAUGAGCCUGGAGGAGUUCGCCAACGGGGCGGCUCAGUCCGACAUCCUGACACUGGAGGAGACGCACAGCAUGUUCCUGUGGUACACUGCGGCUAAGAAGCCCACACUGGACUUCCCUCUGACUGCGAGGAAGGGUCUGCUGCCUCAGAAGUGCCACCGCUUCCAGUCGUCGGCGUACCGGAGCAAUCAGUGGCGCUACCGCGGCCGCUGCGACAGCAUCCAGUUUGCCGUGGACAAGAGGAUCUUCAUCGCCGGUCUGGGACUGUACGGAUCGAGCGGCAGCAAGGCCGAGUACAGCGUCAAGAUCGAACUCAAGCGGCAGGGCGCGGUCCUGGCCCAGAACCUGACCAAGUUCGUGUCGGACGGCUCCAGCUGCACGUUUCCCGUGUGGUUCGAGCAUCCGGUGCAGGUGGAGCAGGACGCCUUCUACACGGUGAGCGCCGUGCUGGACGGGAACGAGCUGAGCUACUUCGGUCAGGAGGGCAUGACGGAGGUGCAGUGCGGCAAAGUGACAUUUCAGUUCCAGUGUUCGUCGGACAGCACCAACGGGACCGGAGUACAGGGAGGACAGAUCCCCGAGCUGGUGUUCUACGCAUAAGCUGCUGACAGACAAAGACAACCAUGCCUCCCAGCCUUUAAAGUAAUGUAGCAUUAAAGACACUCACGUCACGUCACACAAAAAUGGCCUGGUUUAGUUCUUUAAAGAGACUAUUUUGGAGAAAGAGCCGCUGGUUUUAUCGUAUUUAAUUUAACGUUAUUUUUCUAUUUAAAUUCCGCGUUAACGUUAUUUGCUCUGAUGCCUGUGUGUGUGUGUGUGACGGCUGCGGCUGCUGUAGAAAAACAACAUUAACACGGUGAUUUUCUUGUUAUAUAAUCGAGCUCGGCUCCACGACUGGAACAAAAGUAGGGACUUAAAUCGGGUUCAUCUGCCACGUUUGUUGUUUUUCUCCUCUCCAGAGUUCCGAGCAGCAAUAUCACAACAAAGAGCAGACUUUAUGUAGUUUAACCAUUCAAAUGCAUUAAAAGAAGCAGACAGUAGAGAUCAGAGUUGUUUUGCACUUGAAGAGGAUCGCCUCGGAAACGUCGUGUCUUUUUGUAAAGUAUGAUUCACGUGUCGACGGCUUGAUGCCGCCGUGUACAAGAAUGCCUAUACACCUGAUGAUAACACAUAAAGGUUUUAAUGUGACUCAA